CCGAAUGGCCUCCACUUUCCUCUCAGUACCACUGCACCCGUCAUCAUCCUUCCCUCUAAUCACUUGUCGAACCACCACCACGAAUUUCGCUUCCCGCACUCCACGAGAACCACCGCCACUGACGUCUGUCUGCCAAAAUCCUAAUCCUGGCUUUACCGCACCGUCCUCCUUAACUUGCUCCCUCCAAUGCCCUCACUUCCAGUCGUGUUCGGGUUGUACACACGAGUACAAUCUCCACCACCCUGCAAUAGUUGACGAGGCCACCGACUUUUUCAAGACUCUCGGCGUUUCCGACUUCACCUUUGAUAGCUGUAGACUGUGGGGAUGGAGAUGCCGCGCAAAACUUGCUGUUCGGGGUUCAUCAACCGAGCCUUUAAUUGGGCUUUAUCAAGAGGGCACUCACAAUAUUGCUGAUAUUCCCGAGUGUAAAGCUCAUCAUCCGCGCAUUAAUGCCGCUGUGGAGCUCCUGAAACAAGGCAUAUCUGAUUUGUGUAUUGAGCCAUAUGACGAAGAUCAGGGAACUGGCGAACUGAGAUAUGUGCAGAUGGCUGUGACUACGUAUGACACAUCUCUUCCUGUCUCACAAAGAUAUCAAAAUGGUAAAGUGCAGGUUGCUUUGGUUUGGAAUUCUAGAAAUGAAAACUCACCUAGUUCAGAAAAAUUGAAUGCUCUAGCAAAUUACCUGUGGAGAAAUGGUGGCAGAAGGACGAAAAUCAAUCUAAUUCAUUCUGUGUGGGCUAACUUUCAAACAUCAACUAAUAAUAUCAUAUUUGGGAAUAGAUGGAGGCAUUUGAUUGGAGACGCAGAAUUCUAACAUGUUGGAGGAAUCGAUGUUUCUUUGGCUCCAUCAAGCUUUGGUCAAGCAAAUACCAAGGCAUUUGAUUCUUUGCUUCGGAAGUUACAGAAGUAUGUCCCUCAUGGCGCAUCAGUGGUUGCUUAUGCAGGAGCCGGUGUUAGAUUAUCUUUGGCUGCAAUGAGGAAGUGUAGGUUAGUAAAAUGUGUUGAGGUUAACAGAGAGUCAAAGAUGUCCUUUGGAAAGACAGUUGAGCGUUUACCAGCCUCUCUGGAUUGCAGCAUCAGCUGGCAUCAAGCAGACACAUCAGUAGAACCUCUUUCUUGGCUUGUGGGAUCAGAGGUGGUUGUAGUUGAUCCUCCCAGGAAAGGGCUAGAACCAUCUUUGGUUGAUGCAUUAAGGACUAUGUCAUCCGUGGAGCUUAAAUCAAAGCUGCCUGAAAGUCCAUCCUUAGAGGCCAAAGGUGAAAAGAGGCCAUGGGUUAUUAGAGCAAGACAACCAUCAGUGCAAUUUAAACUCGGGCCUUUGCAAGAGGAAAGCCGCUCGCUGCCUCAAACUCUAAUCUACGUAAGCUGUGGGUGGCAAAGUUUUAAAGAGGAUUGUGCAUCACUUUUGUCUGGAGAGACAUGGCAUUUGGACAAAGCGCAUGGCUUUAAUUUCUUUCCUGGCACACAGAGUAUUGAGAUUUUGGCAGUAUUUAGAAGAGGCCCAAGAGCAUGCAUGAAGAAAAAGAAAUCUGCAAAAAAGAAGAGACCUUCUUGAGAAGAGUUUGCUGAUGCAAUUAAUAGCUUAGAUGCCGUGUUCUGAUGGAACUCAAGCGUACAUCUGGGGAAACAGAAAUAUGUAUGGAAGAACCACUGUUGUGGAAGUUUGCAAAAGAAAGACAUCAACAACAAAAUACCUGUGUAUUUGACGAACUUGCAAAACUAAAAAGGUUGUAGAUGUGUAGCCUAUAAAUUUGUUCCGAUGUCCAUCAAUGAUGAACUUAGCUGAAUGAAAGAUAGUUGACACACGUCAUAUCUGGCUUUAUGGAGUUUGUGAAAGAAUGCAAAACUGGAGAAGAUGAGAAAAGAAUUCAAAAAGCGGCAACGGUUCGUAUUCAGUUGGAGAAUUUUAGUGUCCCUUUUUCCCCUUUGACUUUGCUAGAUGAGGGAAAGCACUCAAAAUAUUGUGGGCUCUCAGGUCUUGCCUGGUCAAUAUUCCCACCACAGGAGAAACCUACAAAAGGGAGCAUAACAUCAGAAAUCUUAAUGAAGAGUUUGCUUCAGAAACUAACCCCGGAUGCUUGAUACUUUGGUAUGAUGAUCAUGUGCCGGAGCCCCACUUGCCUGAACAGCACCAUUGCUUUUGCUGCUGACAUGCUUUCUAACACCGUAUAGGGUGUGGUAUUUGUUAUGGGAUGCAAGUCAACAUACAUCUCCAUUUCAUCCUUUGUUACAGUCACGUCAUCAAUCUUACCCCACCUUUCAGCCAAAUCAACCCAGGUGAAUUUCUCUCUCACUUCCCACUCCUCUGUCCUCCGUCUUUCUGGCAGGAACCACUUCCUUUUCAGCACUAACAGAAGGUGAGCUCGCAGGACUAAUCCUACCAGUUCAGUUGCUCCAGUUUGUGUCCCAACUGGUGCCAUUACCCCUUCAUCUACAACGGGGAACCCAUUGUGUGUGGUGUUCCUGAGGACUUCUACAAUGUAGCCAACUUUCUCGAUCCCAUGAAGAGUAACAACUGGCGGCUUGACAUCAGCUAGUUCCCCAACAGUUAUAUUUCUCAUCCAUGGUUCUGGAUUUGCAUCUAAGAAAGGUAGACCUUUUAAUUCUAGUAUUAUCUCGUAUAUGCUUGGGUUGAAGCAGUCUCCAACUGUUUUGGCAAUUAGAAGAACGAGCAUUGUCAUGGGUAGCAGGAGAAGGUUGUUGGUCAGCUCAAGAAAGAUGACACAGAGCGAAACUGUCAUCCUCAUUGAACCAGCCAUUAGAGAGGCUGCACCUAGAACGGCAUAGAGCCCUUGGUCAAUUUGUGUGUAUGGGCCCAUGGCAACGCCAAGCAUACGACCAUAAGCAGCACCCAUGAGGAUAAUUGGAAGGAAAAGACCAGAUGGAACGGCAAUUCCAAAGGUUAUGAGCCCUAGAAUGCAAUAUAGAACAAAGAAGAUAG